UGCGCGGCAGGGCCCACGGUGUGUGCGCUGCUCGUGUUCCCGGCAUGGGCCCCUCGCCGCCGCUGUUGACCCUGCUGUUGCUCCUGUCUGGUCCGCGGUUCGAGCUAGGGAAUGGGCAGACUAACAUGGUCCAGCUACCAGGUGGGAGAUUCCAGAUGGGAACAAAUUCACCAGAUGGCAGAGAUGGUGAAGGGCCUGCCCGAGAGGUGACAGUAAAACCCUUUGCCAUUGACAUAUUUCCUGUCACCAACAAAGAUUUCAGCUUUAUUCAUAAUCUCCAAAAACUGGAGAUAACCCCGAUGACCUGCAUGUACCUGGUGAAUGGAUAAGCAAAAUUCGGUACAUCCAUGCAAUAAAAUGCUGUCCUGCAACAAAGAGGGACAAACGACCAAUACUGGCAACACAUGGACGAAUCUCAGAAGCAUUACACUAAGUGAAGCCAGACCCAAAAGCUACAUAAUGGAGUUUGUCAGGGAAAAAAAGUACCGGACAGAGGCUGAGAUGUUCGGGUGGAGUUUUGUCUUUGAAGACUUUGUCUCCGAUGAGCUUAGAAACAACAUGACCCAUCAGAUGGAGUCUCUUCUCUGGUGGCUUCCAGUGGAAAGGGCAUUCUGGAGGCAGCCUGCAGGUCCUGGCUCUGGCAUCCGAGAGAGACUGGAGCUCCCAGUGGUACACGUGAGCUGGAAUGAUGCUCGUGCCUUCUGUGCUUGGCGGGGGAAACGGCUGCCCACCGAGGAAGAGUGGGAGUUUGCUGCCCGAGGGGGCUUGAAGGGUCAGCUUUACCCAUGGGGAAACCAGUUCCAGCCAAACCGCACCAACCUGUGGCAGGGAAAUUUCCCCAAGGGUGACAAGGCUGAGGAUGGCUUCCAUGGAGUCUCCCCAGUGAAUGCUUUCCCCCCACAGAAUAACUAUGGGCUCUAUGACCUCCUGGGCAACGUGUGGGAGUGGACAGCAUCUCCAUACCAGGCUACAGGGCAGGACAUGCGUGUCCUUCGGGGGGCGUCCUGGAUCGACACAGCUGAUGGCUCUGCCAAUCACCGGGCCCGGGUCACCACCAGGAUGGGCAACACUCCAGAUUCAGCCUCAGACAACCUAGGCUUCCGCUGUGCUUCCAGUGCAGGCCGACUGCCUGGGGAGUUGUGAACGGCCAUGCAGAGCCGUGGUACCCGUGUCACUCCCUGGCCACAUUCCCAACACAGUCAAACUUUAGCCUCAGGAAUGACUUCGUGCCCCUUCCGCCAUCCCUCUGUGGCAGGCAUCUCUCACCAGGCCAGAAGAGGACUCUGACCUCAGAGGAGGGGUACCGCUGUCUCUUGAAGAAGGGACCUGACUUAUUGAUGGUGGCUGGGGAGCUGGGCGUUUCUCUUAGAGGUCAGAUAUUAACCAUAUAGGGGCCAGUCCUCAAACAGUUGGGGCACAGUGCUCUGAAAGGCAUUUUGUUAAAAAUUUUUAAAUCUGUUCCCUCCCCCUUUCUCAGUGUCUCAUGCAGGGAUCCGACAUUGUUUUCUCAAGGCAGAAUUUCCCCAUUUUUCUUUGUUUUCCCAGCAAACUGCUGUAGAAGGAAAAUACUUCCUUUAUUAGUCUCAUCUAUAGUGUUUCGUAUGCCUCUGAAAGAACCUAAUUUCUGUUAUCAGUAUGUAGAAUGCAGUAGCUGGGCUCUCUAAAGCACAAUGUGAGUCUUCAAAGGGUCUAGGAGAACCGAAUUAUGUGCCAGACAGAACUACAUUGUGGGAGUCACAAAGUAAAUAAUACUCGAGAGAGACAAAUACCAGAACCUUCCCUUUCUAUUGUUAAUUAUAUGAGGGCAUCCAUAUGCCUGUAAACACAUGUCCCUGGAAAAGAAUCUGCUCCCAUGGUGUCACUGGAUGCUGUGAGUCAGUAAAAUCUCCAUGAUUGUGUGUAUCA